ACUCACAAUCUCUCUUUCAUUUCAAUUUUGAAAAUUUUCUCUCGAAAAAGUCGAUAUCCAUGGCUUCUCGCAGUCUCGUAUCACAGUGAAUCCAGGAGCUUAGAUUAUCAUAGAUCAUAGGCAUUGAUUCUUCUCUUCUGAGAAUCUCGUUGCACAUACUCAAAUAUGGAAUUCACGGAGGCUUACAAGCAAACAGGUCCUUGUUGUUUCUCCCCAAACUCUCGUUACGUCGCCGUCGCCAAUGAUUAUCGUCUCGUGAUCCGUGAUACGUUUUCGUUUCAGGUUGUGCAAUUGUUUUCUUGCUUAGAUAAAAUAAGCUACAUAGAAUGGGCUCUUGAUUCAGAGUACAUUCUUUGUGGUCUUUAUAAAAAACCGAUGAUUCAAGCUUGGUCUUUGACUCAACCAGAAUGGACUUGCAAGAUUGAUGAAGGUCCUGCUGGUAUUUCAUACGCUAGGUGGAGUCCAGAUAGCCGUCAUAUACUCACUACGUCAGAGUUUCAGCUGCGGUUAACGGUUUGGUCUCUUUUAAACACGGCGUGUGUUCAUGUUCAGUGGCCAAAGCAUGGUUCCAAGGGAGUUUCAUUCAAUCAAGAUGGGAAGUUUGCGGCUAUAUGUACACGGCGUGACUGUAAGGAUUAUGUUAACCUUUUGUCUUGUCAAUCAUGGGAGAUAAUGGGUAGCUUUGCUGUUGAUACCUUGGACUUGGCUGAUCUUGAGUGGUCACCUGAUGAUAGUUCUAUUGUAGUGUGGGAUUCGCCUCUUGAAUAUAAGGUUCUAAUUUAUUCUCCAGAUGGUAGGUGUCUGUUUAAGUACCAGGCAUAUGAAUGUGGACUUGGUGUCAAGACUGUUUCCUGGUCUCCGUGUGGUCAGUUUCUUGCCAUUGGUAGCUAUGAUCAAAUGUUGCGGGUCCUGAAUCACCUUACUUGGAAAACAUUCGCUGAGUUCUUACACCUAUCAACGGUUCGUGCGCCCUGUUCUGCGGCUAUUUUCAAGGAAAUCGAUGAACCAUUACAGCUUGAUAUGUCUGAGUUAUCGUUGGAUGAAAACUUUAUGCCAAGCAAUUAUGAUGCUUCAGAAGGCUAUAUAAGUGUCAGGUAUGAAGUCAUGGAAUUACCGGUAGCUUUUCCUUUCCAGAAACCUCCUGCGGACAAGCCUAACCCAAAACAAGGAGUCGGCCUUCUAGCUUGGAGCAAAGACAGCCAGUACAUAUGCACACGAAACGACAGUAUGCCCACUGCUCUGUGGAUAUGGGACAUGCGCCUCCUCGAGGUUGCAGCCAUCCUGGUCCAGAAGGAACCCAUCCGAGCAGCUGUGUGGGACCCAACCUGCACACGCCUCCUCCUGUGCACUGGAAGCUCUCACCUUUACAUGUGGACUCCCUCGGGUGCUUUCUGUGUAUGCAAUCCCCUUCCGGGCUUCUCCAUAUCGGACCUCAAAUGGAACAUUGAUGGAAGCUGUCUCCUUCUCAAAGACAAAGAUGCGUUCUGUUGUGCCACGGUCCCGUCUCUGCCUGAGUCCAGCGACUACAGUUCUGAUGACUGAAGAUUACUUAUGUGGUUCUUUGUAAAAGUUUCAGCCUUGUUUGUCUUUCAAUUUUAGGAGUGUUUUUUUCCGCGACAUUUACUAGUGAAUGUUAAAAACAUUUUUCAAUGUAUAAAGAAGCUUUCUUGAGUAACCGUUGAGUCCUUGACCCAACAAACUAAAGUUCUCAUUUCAGGAAAUAGGCUCCUGCUUGAUGUUGGUCGAUGGCGGACUCAACAGAUAAAGGCAUCCACCAAAACUCUGUGUUGGAAGGUAAUGAAUAAUGAUGCAUCCAUUAUGUUGUAGUAACAUGAAAAGUAUUCAGACUAAAGAAGUGUUAUGCUUGUCAAAAGUGAGAUAGAUAUGAUUGAGUUUCUUCAAGUAUUUCGUUGGAACUAUGGAGAAUGAUUGAUUAGAGAAGAGUGACUUGUUCUGCCUUUUCCAUGUACUAAUGGGAUAUGCUGGUAUA